AUGUCGUAUAAUUUCAAACGUAUAACAUGUGUUCCAUCAGCAAGUGAUCUUAAAAAUAUUGUAUUGUCAAAGACUCAACGUAAAACACCUACUGUUGUACACAAAGCCUAUUCAAUAGGAAGAAUUCGUGCUUUUUAUAUACGAAAAAUAAAAUUUCUUCAACAAACUCUUCAUGAUAAAUUAACAGAAAUUUUAACAGAAUUUCCUAAUGUUGAGGAAGUUCAUCCUUUUUAUGCAGAUCUUAUGAAUAUAUUAUAUGAUAAAGACCAUUACAAAAUUGCUCUUGGUCAAAUGAAUACUGCCCGUCAUCUUGUUGAUGGAAUUGCUCGUGAUUAUGUUCGUAUGAUGAAAUAUGCUGAUUCAUUGUAUCGUUGUAAAAUGUUAAAAAGAGCUGCACUUGGUCGUAUGGUAAAAUUAUUAAUUAGAAAUAAGUCUAGUUUUGAAUAUCUUGAACAAGUUCGUCAACAUCUUUCUCGUCUUCCUUCUAUCGAUCCAAAUACAAGAACUUUAAUUCUUUGUGGUUUCCCUAAUGUUGGUAAAUCUUCUUUUAUUAAUAAAAUAACACGUGCUGAUGUUGAAGUUCAACCAUAUGCUUUUACAACCAAAUCUCUUUAUGUUGGACAUUUAGAUUAUAAAUAUUUAAGAUGGCAAGUUAUUGAUACUCCUGGAAUCUUAGAUCAACCUCUUGAAUGUAGAAAUACAAUUGAAAUGCAAGCUGUAACUGCUCUUGCUCAUUUAAAAGCUACUGUUGUUUUCAUGAUGGAUGUAAGUGAACAAUGUAAUCAGACAAUUGAAGAGCAAGUUCAUUUAUUUGAAAGUAUUCGUCCAUUGUUUGCAAACAAACCUGUUGUUCUUGGUCUUAAUAAAGUUGAUAUUAUUAAAAGAGAAGAACUUCCUAUUGAGAAACAAAAAGUUUUAGAGGAAGUUGAAGCUAGUGGUAUUACAAUUGUACAAUUAUCUACUGUUUCUGAAGAAGGAGUUUCUAAUUUGAAAAAUUAUGCAUGUGAAUCACUUCUUGCUCAACGUGUAGAAGAGAAGCUUCAUAAUAAAAAAGUUAAUGAUUAUGGUGUAUUAAGUCGUGUAUUCGUUGCAUACCCAGAAAAUAGAGAUGAAAAAACUCGUUUACCAUUUAUUCCAGAUAGUGCUAAACAAAAAUUGAUACAAAAAAAAGUUCAAUCAAUGGAAACAAAUGAAAUUGAAGACGAUUUAUCUUUAUAUAGAGAUGAAAAGACUAGACGUCUUGAACGUGAAAUAGAACUUGAAAUGGGAAAUAAAUAUAUUUUAGAUCUUAAAAAAAGAUAUAUGCUUAAAAAUGAAGAUGAGAAGUAUGACAUUAUUCCAGAAGUAUGGGAAGGACAUAAUAUUUCUGAUUUUGUUCAUUCAAGUUAUGAUAAAUUAUAUGAAAAAAUUAAGACAGAUGAGAAUGCACGUGAAAUUGCAGGUGUUUAUGAUGCUGAUAUGGAAACAGAUGAUGAAGAAACAAAAGAACUCUUAGAAAUUUCUAAAAAGAUAACACACAAAGAACAAUUAAUACGCUUAGAUUCUCGUCUUCGUGAUCGUAUAAAUACAGCAAAACAAUCUCGUGUCAUUGCACGUAAAUCUGAACGUACUAAAGAGAAAUUGCAAGAACAACUUGGUUCACUUGGAAUUAAUGUUUCUGAGGAACGUCUACAAAAUAUGCAUGCUGAAUCUGAGAAACCACUUCAUGGAAAGAAGAUGAAGAUUGGAUUUGUACCAACAAUUAAAGCUCCAGCUAGAAUUCCUAAAAGACUUCUUUCUAUGCCAUCUACAACAGCUCGUGUUAAAGCCUCCAGAUUACAUAAAUUUGCCAAUAGACUUACAAGAACUGAAGGUAAAAAAGGUGAAGCUGAUAGACAUGUUUACACAAAGAUGCCUAAACAUUUGUUCUCCGGAAAAAGAGGAAUUGGCAAGACCGAUAGACGUUAA